AUGUCCGACGAUAUUGAAGCUCUCUCGAAGUCGGUCCAUGCUCUAGGGUUGUCCUAUAUACCUGAUGAGUCCCGACACCACUCCCCAAAGCUCGUGGAUAGUCAGCUUAAACACGUUUUGUCCUUGAACCGAAUCGUCUCGACAUCCUCAUCCUUUAGCAGGAAGCACACAGUGGCCCAAUUUGAGCAAUCCGAUGGCUUUAGAAAAGUCGGCGCGGGAGCAUGCGGAGCGAUAUUCGGUCAGCAUGGGAAAUCCCUAGUCAUCAAACUGGCCAAGGUCAGCGAUGAUAACGAGCUGUGGAACGACUACGUCAAGCACAAGAUCCUCCUGGAGCAGUUCAAACUCCAUCAAGUCACCUCAGUGAAGAUCCCCAAGUGUUACGGCUUCGUACCGAGAGACCGACAAGAAUUUUGGGACAACAACAAGGCUCUCGUGGAAGCAGCCCAGUCCGUUUGUCAUCUCCCAACCCACGGGCUCUGCACUGAGAAGAUACUCCCACUCCCGGGGCUAACGCGACAACUACUCAUCGAACGAUUCUGCGCGGAGUCAGGGAAGACCAAAGCACUCAAUGAUCCAGCAAACCAGGACUGCCUGGUACGAGUCUACCUUGGAUCACAGAAGGGGAGAAGCGGCGGGAUGUUCUUCUCCCUGCGCAACUUUAAAAUGCACCUCAACCAUGUUAUUGAGCUGGACCUUGGAGUGGAGGAGAUCGCCUUAGGAAUGGCGACUGCCCUUGCGGUGAUGCACUGGGGGGCGAAGACGGACGCAAGAGAUGUUGAAUUUGCCCUUGGGAGCGUCACGGAGCCUCUGCCAAGUAUGAGCGCCGCAGAUAUCGCUGCCCUGCCUCCAAACACUUGGACUGGCCCCCCCAGUGAUGACCUGGAAGACUUCCAUCAUCGAAAAACUGUCCUGUGGCUCCUAGACUUUAACCAAGUCAGAACCAUCACCAUGGACGCCGAGGGCAUCGCCAUGGCAGUCCAGGCCUUUGGGAUAAAUGACCCAUAUUACCCAAGGCCGCUACAAGAGUCCACAGUCGCUCAGGGUCUGUGGGAUCAAUUUGUCAAAGUUUACCUGGAGACAGCUGGGAGAGUCUUGGCGGGGGAACCAGAGGAGAUCCGAGAUCUGCCAAAUCAGUUUAUCCAGGGGGUGGUGAGGUUGGAGGAGGAGAAGCAGAAGAAGAUAUCGUCGGUUCCCUAA